GCAGGGAGGCGGGCUCUCCGGAGCUGUACACAGGCGGCUCCGUUUCCACUUCCUCAUAGUGGUCGCUGUGGCUGACGGCCGCUCUGACCGCGCUGUCUGCUCGCCCGCUGCCCGGUGGAGGAAGUGGGAGAACUCGGAUUUGCACGCUUUCCAACACCAGCGAUCAUAAUGAUUCUUCCUGUUUGUCUAAAGAGGUGAAUCGUUUUUAAGUGAAUAUGGCUGACAAAAGUGGCAAGCCGUUACCUGGACCUGCAUUUGUCGAAGUAGAAUAUGAUUAUGAGUACGAGUACAAAGGCAAAAAGAUAGUUAUAAAACAAGGCGAAAAAUACAUAUUGAUGAAAAAGUCAAAUGAAGAUUGGUGGCAAGUUAAAAAGGAGGAGAACGCCCGACCCCUCUAUGUUCCGGCUCAAUAUGUGAAAGAAGUUGGUCGAAAAGCUUUGAUGCCUCCGGUCAAGCAGGCAGUGCUGCCAAACAGCCCUCUGAAGGUCAUGCAAGGGCUGCAGAGGUCCACGGAGAAUAUCAACAAAUCGCCGGAGCUUUCGAGUUUUGGGAAAUCCUCUUCAUUUAGAGAUGCCAACCAAAACAUUGGACCUAGCAGUAGCCCCGGCCAGGCGAGGGGACUGACGUUGGACCUCGUGCACAAUAACGGCAAGCUAAGCGGUGAUUUGCAUUCACCGAAGGCCUCGAGCAGGAGUCCCUCUGCGCUUCACUUCCCCGGCCCGGACAUGAUGGACGUAGAAAAGACUGGUUUCACAAAUGACUGCUCUGGUGAUUCAGCCGGAGAAAGUUCGGAACGGAUACCCCUGGAUUCAGAGUCUGGAGAUGAACUUAGUAGCAGCUCAACUGAACAACUGCAGUUUUCCGUUUCUCCUGCACCUGCGAGAUCAGAUUCUCCCGUGUACGCAAACUUACAAGAACUGAAAAUCUCUCAAUCUGCUCUCCCCCCUCACCCGAGCGCCCCGCCGGUCCAGGUGUCCGGGGACUGGGAGACCCAUAGAGAUAACACUGGCCGUUUUUACUACUUUAAUAAAGCGACGCAAGAAAGAACGUGGAAGCCGCCUCGUGGCACAAAAGAACCAAAUCGGGGGGAAUCCUUUAAUCAAGUGGAUCACGAGCAAAUUCCGUCAGAAGAACAUUCCCACAGCACUUUUGACAACCAGUCUGAUAGUCAGUGUGGGUCUCCUCCGAGGGGCUGGUCAGAAGAACUGGAUCAACAUGGGCAUACCUUCUUUAUCAAUGAUCAAACUAAUGAAAAGUGGAUAAAACAUGUGGAUGAACAAGGUAGACCGUAUUAUUACAGCGCGGAUGGACUGCGCUCGGAGUGGGAGUUGCCAAAGUAUAACGCAUUGCUACAGCCUCAGAGAGAGAUCACAAAAAGCCGGAGUCUUGAUAGAAAGCUUCAAGAACCCAUCGUUUUGACGAAGUGGAGACACAGCACAUAUCUUCUAGAUUCCAAUGACAAGUCACGUUUCAAGCAAAAGCGCAAUUCCUCCGCGUACGCCGUACCUAAUCCCGGUUAUUUGAUUCCACCUUAUUCAGAAAAAGACUCCACGACUGCCUCUAAACCCAUCUUCCCUGACAUCGAGACGUCGCCUUCAUCUCCAAAGCACCUUUCCACUGAUCAAGAAAAGUACGGUGUAUUAAACGUAACCAAAAUCACAGAGAAUGGGAAGAAACUUAGGCAAAACUGGACUUCAUCUUGGGCUGUGCUGCAAAGCUCCUCGUUAUUGUUACAGACCACCGGGGCCAGCUGGUCUCUCUGCUCACGUUGUUCGAUCCCUGUGCUGCUCCUGUCGCUGCUGUCUGCCUGGAACAAACCUUCCCAUUGCUGGCCCGCUGUGACCUCUGUAAACCCUGGUCCGGUGUCUCCCGUCAGCAAGUUUGGUGGUAACCAGUCCAAACCGGAAUUUACAGUUGACCUAAAAGGAGCGUCUCUGGAGUGGGCUGGGAAGGAUAAAUCCAGUAAAAAGAAUGUCCUAGAGUUGAAAACCCACACGGGGACGGAUCUGCUGUUACAAUCUGACAACGAUGGCUUGAUCAAAGAAUGGUACACGGCGCUUUGCAACACAAUAGGCAUUCCGGUAGGAGAGCCGGAUGAAGCGAGCGAGGAGAAUGUGCCCGAUUCCCCAGUAGAGAAACACGGCAAAGAAAAGCAUGACAAGGAGAAGGAGCAUGACCGAGAUUCUAAGAAAAACCGAUCGAUUAAACCUUCGGGCAGCAUCGAUAAUUCAGAGCAGAAGAAGACCAAAACGAAACUAAAGAAGUUUCUGACUCGACGGCCGACUUUGCAAGCUGUGCGAGAGAAAGGUUACAUUAAAGACCCUGUGUUUGGCUCUAGUCUCGCGAGUCUUUGUCAGAGAGAGAACACCGCAGUGCCAAACUUUGUCAAGCUGUGCAUUGACCACGUGGAAGAACACGGACUGCAAGUUGAUGGCUUAUACAGAGUUAGUGGAAAUCUUGCCGUGAUACAGAAGCUGAGAUUUGCCGUGACGCACGAUGAAAAGUUAGACUUGAAUGACAGCAAAUGGGAAGAUAUUCAUGUAAUCACUGGAGCGUUAAAGAUGUUCUUCAGAGAACUGCCAGAACCACUAUUCACCUACAAUUAUUUUAAUGACUUUGUAGAUGCGAUCAAGCAAGAGCCCAAACUCCGUGUCCAAGCAGUCAAAGAUUUAAUUAAGCAGUUGCCAAAGCCAAACCAAGACACAAUGCAGGCACUUUUCAAGCAUCUCAAGCACGUCGUUGAAACUGGGGGAAAGAACAGAAUGACUUAUCAAAGUUUAGCAAUUGUUUUUGGACCGACUUUAUUGAAACCGGAAAAGGAAACGGGUAAUAUAGCCAUUCACACUGUGUACCAGAACCAGAUAGUGGAAUUAAUUCUACUGGAAUACAACACAAUCUUUGGACGCCGAGACCAGCCGUGAAACCUGGAAGAGCCGCCGCGCGACCAUCUCACCCAAUUUUCACUAUAUUUCAUUUGUGGACCAAGAAACCACUUGACUUUUUUUUUUUCUUUUGCACUUUCAUUUGGACAUUAACAUUUUUAACGUGUUUCCAACUUGAUUUUUCUUCCUCCCUCGACGUUAUCGUAUACCGAGGUGUGUGCGCAGAUGCUUAUCAACGGAUACCGAAAGUCUAAUGUAGGCACUGGAGUUACUGGAAAAUAAAGCUACUAAUUUCACGCCAUAAAUGAACUUUUAAUCGAUAUUUGCUGUUUGAAAUUGAUGUUUUUGGUACUUUUUGUGGAAACAGUUGCCAAUUUUAGUGAACGUGUGUAUGUAUCUUUACUGGAGCGUGAAGAAUAUGUGCUGACUUGCAGUAAAACUCCUUCAGCUAUUACUAACAACGCUCCGUUUCUAUGUAUUUCUGAUGAUAUGGAAUGCUUUUUCCUUACUCUUUUCUUCCUUAACUAUUUAAGUGGCUAAAUAAACUUUCCCACGUCCUCCUGGCUGCGCAGGACUGCACAUUAGUAUUAAAACACUGAAAUCACAGCCUGGAUAAUUUAAUAAUGUUUUCUGUUACUAUUUGAGCAAAUCAGUUCUCAUUAUUUUUCGUUUCUUUCUUAGCAGCAAGGCGAGGUUCCUAAUCACACACGGAUUCUGUAUUUUUAUCGACAGACUUCUGUGGUUAUAAACGUUUGCUGUAAAUAGACGCCCCGGGAUGUGUGCCGCCUUUGGCCCGUUGUAUAUAACAUAGUCGGUAUGUCGGCCAUAGUGAUUUUUAUUCCAUAUCUUUCGAAAUAUUAGAUUCGGGCAGCUUUUUAAGUUCUGAGAUAUUUUAUUUGCUGGUAAACGUUUAAAAACAAAAAGAAAAGGUACUGGAAAUAUUUAAUAGGCUUCAACCACUCAAUCCAAUGAGUUAUUUAAAAUGUAUAGUAUAUUUUAGAGAAAAAUACAGUUAUCUUAUAUUUUGCUAUACCUGUUGGUAAAGGGUACCCAUCUAUGAAUUGGUAAUUGCAUUAAAGAACAAAAUAUGUCAAUUAAAUUUUUUUUUAUAUAUAUUAACAGUGUAAACCAAUUUGUAAAAUAAAAGUGAAUUUGGAAGAUUUUGUUACAGUAA